CGGAAACCGACGGGCCGGCAGGAAAUGACGAAGCAGAGGUCGUCCGGGUCCGUGCGGUAACCGGUUCCCGCGAGCCCGGCCCCGACUCCGGGGAAAAGGGCCCCGCGCCGAGCAGCCUGGCCGCCUGCCGCCUCCGGAGCGAGCAGCCCACAUGCCUGGGGAUUACGGAGUGAUGGGUGACGAUGGCUCUAUUGAUUACAGCGUUCAUGAGGCCUGGAACGAAGCCACCAACGUUUACUUGGUAGUCAUCCUCGUUAGCUUUGGUCUCUUCAUGUAUGCCAAGAGGAAUAAAAGGAAGAUUAUGAGGAUAUUCAGUGUGCCACCUACAGCAGAAAGUUUGUCAGAGCCCAGCUUCUAUGACACAAUGAGCAAAAUUCGUUUAAGACAGCAACUGGAAAUGUAUGCCAUUUCAAGGAAGUAUGACCAUCAACAGCCACAAAACCAAGCUGACAGUGUGCAGCUCUCAUUGGAAUGAAAUCUCAGAAAAUGAACAACAUAAAUAAUUGUUAAAUAGUAUUGUAGCAAGCUCCUAAUUCCACCAAGUCAUGAACAGCAUCUUUAAAACAUCUUCUGUCUCUAUAAGAUAAUUUUUCUUGUGACCUUUAUCCAAAAUUUUUGGUGUGUUUUCUUUUACUUUUUUAAAUUGCAUCUGUGAGUCAUUUGUUACACAAAAAAUGGCUCAGAAAACCUGAAAACGGGAAGAGAGACUAUACCAGAGAUGGUGAUUUUACUUUGUGAACAUCUUUGAUUUCUUCAGGAUGCAAUCAGCCAGGAAUGAAAACCCAUCUUUGGAAGCGAGCAUCUGAAACUUAUGCCACUUUGAGCUGAAAUUUUUGUAAAAUGAGAAAUGAAAAUCCAGUCAUUGGUAUAAUUUCCUCUCAGAUUGUAUUCUGUGAUAAAUGUAAUGUGGAUAACUGACUGAUUUGUGUUCUCAUUGCUGUUGGUUACCACUCUUAAUUGAAUUACUACUUGCUUCUACAGAACCUGCAUAGUGGACUGUCUUUCUACAUCAUGAAGCGUACCCAUCUGCUGAUUAUGGAAGCCUUCUGGAAUUUUUCUCUCAUGUGUUCUAGGAGUUCAUUUGCUUUUUUCUUUAAUCCUAGAGUUUCAUUUCUACCACAAGAGUCUUCUUUAGACCAUAUUGCGACCAUGCUGUCAAACACUAGUAUAAUUGGUGUUAGCAGCUUGCUUUUCAUCAUAUGACUCUUGGUGUUUAACGUUAACUGUCUGGUUUCUAAUGCUUUCUUAGCAUAAUAAGCUUCCCUGAAGACUCCUAUCUUGUACCAUUUUCUCCUGUGUAUUGAAAUGUUUUUACCUACUUUGUCAUUAUUUAAGUAAAAGCUGAUUGGAGGUAGUGGUAGGGAAGUUUAACUGUCCAUGUAACUGACCAAGAAUUAGUUUUUGAAUCCAAGAUAUUCUUAAUUCUGAGUUAGGGUUAAUAUGUCAGUUAGAGUUAAUAUUACUUUCUUUUCCCUUUAUAAUUGUAAAGUAAAAGAAUAUAAAUUUUAAAUGAAAAGGUUUAGACCAAAUAAAAUCAUUCAAGGAAA